GAAGCCGCCUCAGUCACAACAAUAAAAUAAAACGUGCUCCCUGUUUUCCGCCUUUGUGCCGGACACAGUAACAGUGACGGUUUAUCUUUGCUCUCCACGCAGCUGCCCUCAGCAUCGUGACAUCAUGAAACACGGGGAUAACUUUCAGAAGCUGAUGCAGAUUCAGUACAGCCUCAACGGGCACCAUGAGAUCGUCCAGCCGGGCAGGGUGUUUCUGAAGGAGGGCACUCUGAUGAAGCUGUCCAGGAAAGUCAUGCAGCCACGGAUGUUCUUCCUGUUUAAUGACGCUCUCAUGUACACCACUCCAGUCCAGUCUGCCCAGUAUAAACUCAACAGUGUCCUCUCGCUGGCUGGGAUGAAGGUGAGUAAGCCCAGCCAGGAGGCCUAUCAGAACGAGCUGAACAUCGAAAGCGUCGAGCGCUCUUUCAUCUUGUCUGCAAGCUCAGCUACCGAGAGAGACGACUGGCUGGAGGCCAUCGCCAAAGCCAUAGACGACUACACGAAGAAGAAAAUCACCUUCAUAUCGAGUCGAAGUCAGGAGGAGGUAAAAGCACAAAGUCUGUGUGGCGGGGCCCCGUUAGGUUCAAAGGCUCCCAUCUGGAUCCCGGACCUGAGGGCCACCAUGUGCAUGAUCUGCACCUGCGAGUUCACCCUCACUUGGAGGAGGCACCACUGUCGCGCCUGUGGAAAGGUGGUGUGUCAGGCGUGCUCCACCAACAAAUACUAGCUGGAGUACUUAAAGAAUCAACCAGCUCGCGUGUGUGAUCACUGCUUUGCAAAGCUGCAGGAGAACAGUAAGUAAAGAGGAAGGUUGCACUGGAGAGUCAGCAGCAGGAUGUCACAUUUUAAGAGUGACCGCUGUGCUUCGACAUCAAUUUCUCCCAUCAAAUCUGGAGCUUUCUCCUUCACCAGAAAACAGAAGAAGAUUCCUGCUGCACUGAAAGAGGUGUCUGCCAACACAGAGAACUCCUCCAUGAGCGGCUAUCUAAACAGGUCAAAAGGCAACAAGAAGCAGUGGAAGAGGCUGUGGUUUGUCAUAAAGAAUAAAGUCCUGUACACCUACGCUGCCAGCGAAGAUGUGGCGGCGUUAGAGAGCCAACCUUUGCUGGGCUUCUUCCUGAGAGAGGAGAAGAACGGGCCAGCUCAGAAGCUGCAGUUUAAGCUGUAUCACAAAAACACACUGUUUUACAUCUUCAAAGCUGAUGAC